AUGAAAGGAGACAUUGAAGGCCUGAAGUAUUUGUUCACCACAGGUUCGGCUGGUCCGCGCGAUGUCAGUAAUUCUCGUGGCUAUUCUCUGUUAAGGUGGGCACUGUAUGGCGGUAUGCAUAACUACGAGACGGUUCAUUUCUUGUUGAAUCAAGGAGCACAUGUUGACGAGAUUUCAUACGACAAUGUCUGGGACUUCAUGAUGAGGGGCAAGUGCAACGAAGUCGAAACACAUGCACUCAGAUGUAUCACAGAAGGCGGCGAGGGAGAUUGGUUAGAAGAGCAGAAUUUCCCUCUAGUCCACAGGAUCAUCUUCGGUCUUUCCAGCAAAUCUCUUGAAGUUGAGUUGAAAGAGAACCCGAACGCAAUAUACGUUACCGACGCGCAAGGACGAAAUGCACUUGCCUGGGCGACUGCUAGAGUGCAGCUACAAGAGAUGGCGCUCCUUCUCCAACAUGGUGCUGAUCCAAACAAUAUGGAUAUCACCGGGAGAACUCCCGUACUGCAUGCAGUGGAUAGUCAUGAUCCUGCGUGCUUACGUCUCAUUCUUACUGGGGGUGGCAACCCAAACCUCAAACCACCCAAAGGUCUCUUCCGCAGUAGUCCUUUGACAGCUGCUGGGUUUGCCGGCGAGACUAGCUUAUUGAAGCUGCUACUCGAGUUUGGUGCUGAGCCUAACGCCCGCAACCCCGAAGGCCUCACAGCAUUGCACUCCGUCGCACAUCGUUGCUAUGACUACAUCACAACCCUGAGAUUUGGAGGCCCUCAACUUUUGCCCAUCAUCGCCGAAAAUGCCGAUAUCAGUACUAUGAACAUCCUAGCCUCGUCGCACCCUCUCAAAUUAGCGUUAGAUCUCAGCACGGACAGCUUGUCCAAAGGAACGGCUAUUUUGGAACAACGUCGAGAUUAUAGCGAAAAGCUGUCUGAGGCUUUCGAGGAGUUGGUAACCAUCGCACAGGCAGAGGAGUCCAUUGCCGGCAUGUCGGAUCUCGACGCUUCAACACCACGCGUGUUCUUAGCGCGUCAUGGGGAGACUGAGUGGACCAAAAAUGGACGCUACACCGGCAUUACAGACAUUGAGCUGACGCCAUAUGGGCUCGAGCAAGUGACUGCGACCGCGACUUUGCUUGUUGGCCAUGGCAAGCUUAUCGACCCAGCCCAAGUACAUCGUAUAUAUGUUAGCCCGCGCAAAAGAGCUCAGCAGACAUUUCAGUGCCUGUUCAACAGCUCAGAAGAACAUUUCAGUCUAUCUAUCGAUGAUGAAAAGGUUAGUGUGACUGAAGACAUUGCUGAAUGGGACUACGGCGCCUAUGAGGGUCUGAAGGUCGAAGAAAUCCGGGAUUUGAGGAAGGGUAAAGGCCUCGACCAGACCUGUACAUGGAACAUUUGGCGAGAUGGAUGCGAGAGCGGAGAAUCUGCACAGCAAGUCAGCGACCGACUCGACCGCCUCAUCUGCGAAAUCCGCGAUAUCCAGAGCCCGGCCAUGAACGGAGAGAGACCAGUAGACAUAGUCCUGGUCGCACAUGGCCUUGUUCUCCGCUGUUUCCUGAAGCGCUGGCUGGGACUCCCACUUGACGCAUCAUUUCCAGUGAUGUACUCUCCUGGUGCAAUCGGUGUACUUGGGUACAAGAACCAUAACCUGGCUGAGCCUGCAUUCUUUUUAGGCGUCGCACUACCGUCGCACAAGUGA